AGUUUCGCCUGCAGCAAGCUGCUGCUCUGCAAAAGGAAGUGCUUGCAGGAGCAUCUGUCGCAGCGCAAGCAGGCAAGAGCAAUAAAUAGCAGUGCGAAACACCACCCGCAGCCAUUUUAACAAAUAGCAGCGCUGCAGAGCCGGUUUGCAUAUCGCCACACUCACCUGCAGCUGCUCACCAUGGUGCGACGACUGCUAUUGCUGCUCGCGGGAACGGCAGAUGCGCUGCGGCGGCCCGCACCAAGACGCGCAACACUCGUAACGCGACAAGCCCACGAGCCCAAGCAGUACCAGAUCAUCGCCGGCCCCGCGUGCGAAGCGAUGGCCCAAAGAAUACAAGCGUCCGAACCGGCCCGCUUCACCUACCACGAGACGUCCUGGGACAAGUUCCCCGACGGGACCGACCGCAUCGUCGUGGGUGGGUUCCAACCGAAGAAUGAAAUUGCGGGCGAGCACGUUCUCAUGCUUGCCUCGUUCCACGAUAAUGAUGUCACGCUCUCCCAGUUCCAGGUCAUGGUCAUGUUACUGAUGUCUUUUGUCGAGUCGUUGACGAUCGUGUUACCGUUCUACCCCACGGGCACGAUGGAGCGCGUCGUGACCGAGGGCGAGGUCGCGACGGCCGCGACCUACGCCCAUCUAUUCUCGUCACUACCGUCGUGCGGCCGGCCGACUCGGUUAAUCGUCUACGACUUGCACACCUUACAAAACAGGUUUUAUCUGCACGGCAACACGGUUGCCUCAUUACAUACUACCGUACCGUGUCUCAUCCCUCGCCUGGAAGCCGCGGGUAUAGACGCCGUCGCCUUCCCCGACGACGGCGCCGCGAAGCGCUUCAAGCACAUGUUCGACUCGGAUGUGUACGAGAUCAUUGUGUGCGGGAAGGUGCGAGAUGGGGACAACCGCGUAGUAACGGUGCAGGACGGCGACGUCAACGACAAGAAGGUCGUGAUCGUCGACGACCUCGUGCAGACGGGCGGCACGUUGUACGAGUGCGGCGCGAAACUCUUAGAUCUGGGCGCGGCGUCUGUCAGUGCGUUCGUGGCGCACGGCGUCUUUCCGCGCGAGGCCUGGAAGCGCUUCGCCCGGGGCGGCGACCGCGACGUGUUUGACACGUUCUACGUGACGAACUCCAUCCCAACCACCACAGACAAACUGCCGUCGAACGACGUGUUCGAGGUCAUUGACUUGACGGAGCGGGUCAUCGACGAUUUGGAUAACUACUAAGUGUGUUU